GGUGUCCCUGAAGAAAUGGCCCACUUAUUCCAUACCCUCGUCAAACUGUGGCCCCCUUCUCCACCACAUAAUGCCAACAUGUGCCCAGCGGCUGCCAAAGCAGAGAGGCCAGCUGCAGCUCUGGUGCAGAAAUGUGAUCUGUGUGCCGCGGCGUUAUUUAUAACAGGGGGCCGCAGGAGGACGUCUGAAGUGCUGUUCACCGCACCACCCAUGCAGACCCCUGAGAGACUCGCCAUCGACCACCCGGCACAUUCUCGAUUUGUUCAGCGUCUGAGGAGGACAUUAGAAGAGCACGACGAUGUGGGCACGUGCCACUUACUUCAGCAUGCCAAACAUGUCGAUGCCACCAUCGAGCUGUCCAAUGAUGACUGGAUGAAGUGCCCCUCUGUGGAGCUGCCACCCCUUGUACUGCUAGGGGUGCUGGAGGACAUCAGGACCCUCAGGGAGCAGCACUAUGAGGACGUGAACACACUCUUCGAGGUCAGCGGGGACGAGUUACAGUGGCAGGCGCAGGGUGCGGUGACCUUUGGGGUCUCAGGUCUCUGGUCUCUGGACUACAAGCGAGAGCUCACCAGUCCGCUAUGCAUCACCGCCGCCCAGGGCUUCACCGACUGUCUGCGCUACCUGCUGGAGCACGGUGCCCGGCCCAACUUGGCACCAGGCGGGAGGACAGCGCUGCAUGAGGCCUGUGCCAACUGCCACACGGACUGCGUGGAGCUCCUCCUGGAGCACAGGGCUGACCCCAACCUGCUCGAUGAGGACGGCCAUGCGCCCCUGCACCUCUGCAGGACCCCACAAUCUUUCAGGUGCGCCAAACUCCUGGUGAGGCACGGAGCGGCCAUCGACCAGCCGAGCGACGACGAGCAGGAGACGCCGCUGCAUGUGGCCGCCAAGAGGGGUCUACUAAGCCACGUGCACCUCUACCUGCGCAGCAACGCUGCGGUGGACCCCUCAGACAGCCAGGACGAGACCCCACUUGGCGCUGCCUGCUCUGCGGCCCGCCACCCCAAUGAACAGGACACGCAGGUGCAGGUGUGCCAGCUGCUGCUCCUGUAUGGGGCGGACGUGGGUGCGGUGGACAAGGACAAGAGGGGCGCCCUGCACAAGGCCUGUCGGAACGCCAGCCACGGACUGGUGAGGCUGCUGCUCGGGCACAGGGCCGACGUCAACGCCAUCGACUACAACGGGGGCUCGCCGCUCUCCACCGUGCUGCAGAACGCCGUCAUCAAGCUGGACAUGGAGCCACACCUGACCGUGCAGACGCUGCUCAACCACGGGGCUCAGAAGGUCUGGCCGCCUGCGUUCCUGAAGGUGCUGAGGUCCUGUGCGGCAGCCCCCAAGGCCAUCGAGGUCCUGUUCAACGCCUACUGCCGACUUGACGUCACCUCCAAGUGGAUCGAUGCCAUACCAGAAGACACCUUUGAGGCCCACCGGCCCUUUUUCGAGUCCCUGCUGGCCCUGGAGUGGACCCCGCGCUCGCUGCAGCACCUGUGCCGCUGUGCCAUCCGGAAGCUGUGUGGGCAUCAGUGCCAGCUGCGUGUGCCGCUCCUCCCACUGCCCACAUUUUUGCACCGCUAUCUCCUGCUGGAGCCGGAGGGAGUCAUAUUUUAGCAUCAAAUAGCACCUUUCAGUGCCAGCCCCUAUGGCAGGGUAAAAUAGAAGAUGGGCAUUGGGAAUUUCCUGGCCCACCGUACUCUGGCUGUUGGUAUAGAGACUGUGCCCAGCUGGCUGAGGCCGCAGCAGGUAGACCCCCGAGCCCCCCACCUGGCCAUCCACUUCCUGCUUUCAGUCGAGUUGAUUUUCCAGUCUGCGCCUGUAGGUGGCACUGCAGACUCACUUGACGAGUGGCUCAACGGUGAC